AUGGCGCUAUGGAUGGAUGCUGGGUCGGAGCCGAUGACGGAGAGCGAGAAAGCUGAUCUCGAAGCUAUUUCUGCUCUCAAAGAAUCCGCCGCCAUCGAAUUCAAAGAACAGGGAAAUGAAUGUGUAAGGAAAGGGAAAAAGCAUUACUCUGAAGCGGUUGAAUUCUACACGAAAGCCAUUAACCAGGGAGUUCUAAGUGACUCAGAGACCUCAGUCUUGUUCUCAAAUCGAUCCCAUGUUAAUCUACUACUAGGAAACUACAGGCGUGCUCUUACAGAUGCUGAGGAAGCAAUCAGGCUAUGUCCUGAUAACAUCAAGGCAGUGUAUCGAGCUGCAAAGGCUUCAAUGUCAUUGGAUUUGCUCAACGAAGCAAAAUUUUAUUGCGAAAAGGGAAUCGAGAAUGACCCGAGUAACGAGGACCUGAAGAAGCUUCUAAAACAGGUGAAUUCCAAGAAGCAAGAGAGAGAACAACAUGAGGUUGAAGUCUCAAGGGCUGUAGUGCAAGCCAAGGCUUGUCUAUCUGCGAUGGAGAACAGAGGCGUUAAGAUUGGCAAAGCAAUGUACCGAGAACUCACGGGUUUGAAGAAGCCAAUGUUGGAUAAAAACAACAUCCUUCAUUGGCCUGUCUUGCUUCUUUACGCAGAGGCCAUGACAAGUGACUUUGUAGAGGACUUUUGCGAAACAGACAUCUCUCUGAACAUGUUUUCAGAGGAUAGCCCGCCACUGCCAUGGGAUAAAAACAAUGAGUACACGCGCGAUGCGAUUGAGCUUUAUUACGAGGCAAGUUCGGGAACUCCAUUGCCGAGUAGUAGAGUUCUCCAGUAUCUUCUAGAAGGUACAAAAGGUUCUCAAGCUGGAACCAGCGGAGACGAGGACACAAGCCUCGCCAAAAAACCCUACAACCGAAGAGGUUCGUCAGGUAUGGUUAAAGUGAACGAGAGAAGAACAUUGCACGACGUGUUGAAAGAACCUAACUUGGUCAUCCCUGAGAUUCCAGUCUUCUACGUCGUAUCGAAGAGGUCCAAGUUUUAUAAGGAUUUUGCUGCUGGAAAAUGGAGCCCACCUAGUUAA